AUGCGUUUUAAAGAGUUGUCCGCAGCACUGCUGCUGGCGCCUCUUGUGGCUGCUCACAGUGUUGGUCAUACUCCAAAGGUAGUUGGAUCUGGGUCCAAGGAUAUUGGUAAACUAAGGAGUAGGAACAUCCUCGACAGCCAGGCUCCCAGGGUUGCUGGUCCUGAAAAGGCUCUCAGCAAGCGUCAAGGUGGCGCUGAUGGUCGAUGUGGAGCCGAACAUGGUAAUGCCAGCUGUGCUGAAGGAUACUGCUGCUCUACAGCAGGUUAUUGUGGACAAGGAUCGGACUACUGCGCAGCACCAGACUGCCGCUUCCAGUAUGGCCCUGCCUGCGAUGCCAACAAAGUUCCUACUGGAGGUAGCACUCGCAAUACCCCUCGUACAAAGCUCGGCAGCCAGCCAUAUGGUGGCGAAGGCAUCUAUGAUUGCGUCGUCCCAAACACCAUUGCCAUUACAUACGAUGACGGGCCAUAUAUCUACACCAGCGGUGUACUCGACCAGUUCGCAGCCUACAAUGCCAAAGCAACGUUCUUCGUCACUGGUAUCAACAUUGACAAAGGUGCGAUUGACGACAAGAGCACGCAAUGGCCAUCUAUCAUAUCUCGUAUGAUCGCUGAGGGACAUCAAGUUGCUAGCCAUACUUGGUCUCACCAGGAUCUUAGUGCCAUUACAAAGGAGCAGCGUUACGACCAAAUGGUCAGGAAUGAAAUGGCCCUAACAAACAUCAUUGGCAAAUUCCCGACGUAUAUGCGUCCGCCGUACUCAUCUUGCACUGCUGCAUCAGGGUGCCAGAAGGAUCUUGCGGACCUGGGAUAUGUUCCAAUAGACUAUAACAACGUAACACCUGAUCUGAUUCAGAAUUCUAAGAACAGAGUCAGUGCUGUGAUCAACCCGAGUAAUCCAACCGAGGACAAUUUCCAGGCUAUUGCACACGAUAUCCACCAACAGACGGCACAGAAUCUCACAGGCUACAUGCUUGAUUUGAUGACACAAAAGGGAUACAGGCUGGUCACAUUGGGUGAAUGCUUGGGCGACCCAGAGGCGAACUGGUACCGCACUCCCACCAGCCGACCAGCUUCGUCGUCUGCCUUCACACCGCCUACCUCUUCCACUGCCUCUGGAGCCGCCAGCGCCACAUCUAGCGGCGCUGUCGUCACUCCUACGGCUGUGUCUCCUGACAGUUCUUGCGGCUCCAAGGUGGGCUACACAUGUCUCGGAUUUGCUCAAGGAGAGUGCUGCUCCCAGUAUGGCUUCUGUGGAAACACUGCAGAUCACUGUGGAACAGGCUGUGACCCCAGAUUUGGCAAAUGCUCAGUCGCUGGUUCUUCGGCGCCUGUCAGCCCCGCGUCUUCAACUGUCAGUGGGUCUACUCGGACAGCUUCUAGCACCACGUCCACUCUUCCAACUCCCAACCCCUCCAACGGGGUGUCCCAAGACGGUUCAUGUGGUGGUGCUAAAGGCUACACGUGUGCUGGCUACUUUGAGGGCGAGUGUUGCUCGCAAUAUGGCUGGUGCGGCUCGAGCGCUGACCAUUGUGGAACCGGCUGCAACCCUCUUCUUGGUCGAUGCGCAUCUUCGGCAUCUAUCCCGAUUCCCAGUGUCCCUGCAACUAGCUCAACACGCAGUAUGAUCACGUCUACUCGCCCAGCGACCAGUACCCGAACAUCGUCAGCAACCAGCACUCGCACAUCAUCAGCCCCUGUCGCUACAUCCACUCCCCUCAAGACGUCACCGAAUGGACGCUGUGGAGGAAACACUGGCUACACGUGCAAGGGCUCGCGCUUUGGCGGAUGCUGCAGCCGGAAUGGACAGUGCACCUUCAGCGUUAUCUCGUGCAUGAGCAUCAUGGGUUGCCAGAAGCCUUUUGGUACCUGCCUCAGAUGA